CAAGCAGACUCUCAAGAGCUGUUUUGUUGUUUGCACUUGAUGAAAAAACACGCAAAGAACCAGCUUUCUGGAAGUGGAAGAAUGCAACGCAUUGUUUCUCAAGCAGGUCUGUACGCAGCUGCAAGACUUUCUUCAGAACCUACGGAAUCUCAUUCAUCGCCAUUGUCUGGUCUGGAUGAAAACCAAGAAUCUGAUCCAUCCAAUGAUUCCACAACGGUUCUGAGAGCACGCAUGUCAGGUGCACUAAAUGCCCUAAGUAUAUCCCCGGAUGGUGAAUCAGUAGCUAUUGCAGGAAGAGAAGUCCUCAAGAUCAUCGCGGUGACAAAGUCCGAAGUAGUUGAGACACUAAACUUGAGAGCUGGAAGUCACUUGAACUUGAAUUAUAGUAGUAACGACGUCAAAUGGGGAAACAAUGCCACCAAAAACAAGGUGGCCACUGCAGCAACAAACGGUGCCAUUAUUUUGUGGGACCUGAACAAAGUAGGACGAAAAGCAGCUGAGCGCGUGAUUAAUGAACAUGCGCGUGCGGUCAAUCGUGUGUGUUUUCAGCCAGAAAAUGGCAAUAUUCUAUUAAGUGCUUCCCAAGAUGGUAGCAUGAAAUGUUGGAAGCUGUCUGGAUUCCAGGAUCUUAGAGACCCUAAGAAUGCUGCUCUCCAUACAUUUGAAGGAAAGUCAGAAGCAGUACGUGAUGUCCAGUUUAAUCCAGUCAUUCAAUAUGAGUUUGCAGCUGCUUUUGAGACCGGCACUAUCCAGAAAUGGGAUAUGCGGAAUCCAAAAGCAAUUUAUGAGCGUAAAGUGAGCGCUCACAAUGGUCCUUGCUUAACCGUUGAUUGGCAUCACGGAGGACGCAUGGUGGCUAGUGGAGGACGUGAUAAGACUAUCAAGGCAAGCGUGUGGGACAUGAGCGCGGACAGUCGAAGACCUCUAUAUUCUAUUCGUACUAUGGCAGCUGUAGCUCGUAUUCAAUGGAGACCAGGAUACGAUGAUGAGAUUGCCUCCUGCGCUCUGCUAACAGACAGUCGGAUUCAUGUUUGGGAUGUGAGACGUCCUAAUAUAGCCAAAUAUGCUUUUGAUGAGCAUGAGACAACUCCUACAGGUUUCUUGUGGCUAAAUUCAGAUACAAUAUAUUCGGUUGCAAAAGACAAAUGGUUCAUCCGACAAGAAAUUCAAGCUGCAUAUCGCCCUGUAGACCUCUUGAAACGAAAUGCCAUUGGAUGGAAUGUCCAGGGAGAUCUGGCUUUUGCAAUUGAUAAAAGUUCUCGUGAAAAUUUUGUAGAUGAAGGACUAUUACCACAAACGGCGGCUUUUAUGUCUAAAAAAUGGCGGCGACCACCCACAAAGCAAUCUGCAGUAGAGGAUGAAAAUUGUGGAAUUGCCCAUAUUCCCUUGUUCGACUUUGAAGCAUUCUCUGUUUUUGCUGAACACUAUCAAGUAUCUGGAAAAGAUGUUGCUGCCUCUUGUGAGAAUAAUAGUCUUGUUGCCUGGAAAAUGGGUAGAUACCGGACAUCACAAACAUGGAAAAUUGUGGCUCUCUUGUUUGAUUCAGAGGAUGAACUAUCUGAGCCUGAUGAUAGAAGACAACAAGAUACUGGACCGGAACGUGGUCUUUUGGAUAUUGAAAAUGAAGAUACAGACAGUGGAGAAUCCAGUGAAACAGAUUCGGAAGAGUCAGAUCAAAAUACAGAUCAAGAUAAAAGGAGUGUCGUUACAAGAUUUAGUGAUUCUUGCUCUGAGGUUGCUGAGUUGUGGCCAACAUGGCAGCAUGAGGGCGUAGUUAUGGAGCUCCUCGAUUAUUAUACAGAACAAGGCGAUGUACAGAUGUGUGUAACUUUAUAUCUUGUACUUGAACGCUAUAUUCACAUUGAUGAUAACCGAGUCGAAGACUGGUUCACUUCUUAUAUUGAUCUUCUCCACCGCUUUAAGCUCUGGUCGCCAGCAACAGUUAUGAUUAAGGCGUGUAGAGUAAAAAGAGUCCGGGAGCGUAAUGAGAAUGCAACUACUAUACAUAUUGCAUGCAACCAUUGCUUCAAAGUUGUUAUGGGUACAACAAAUGGUUCAUGGGCGUGUGAUAAAUGCCGUCGUUUAUUGAAUCCUUGCUCUAUCUGUCAUCAAACUGUACGAGGUCUAUAUGUAUGGUGUCAGGGCUGCAAUCAUGGUGGUCAUUUGGAGCAUAUGCGAGAGUGGUUUUCUAAGGAGACCUUGUGUGCUACUGGCUGUGGUCAUACUUGCGUUUUGACGGCCUCUCUUUCUAGUUAAAUCAUGAACGCAUAUAUUUAUUGCUUGUCUAUUUCCCUACUCUAAUAUUUUAUUUGCUUCCUCUUGCUUGUGCCUCUCC